AUGAUCCACGCCGUACUGAUAUUCAAUACUCACGGUAAACCGCGUUUAUCCAAAUUCUUCACCCCCUUACCUCCACUGGUCCAACAAUCGUUGAUCUCCCAGAUAUUCAGCCUGAUAUCUGACCGUCCUGCUGGAGUGUGCAAUUUCCUGGAUGCUCCGGACCUAGUGUUUCCCACACCUGGCAGUACCAUCGUCGAGAAGGGAAAGAGGAAAGAAGGUGAUGAUACGAGGGUGAUUUACAGACAUUAUGCGACGUUGUAUUUCGUGUUCGUGGUGGAUGGUGCGGAGUCUGAAUUGGGUAUAUUAGAUUUGAUUCAGGUUUUCGUGGAAUCGUUAGACAGGUCUUUUGAGAAUGUCUGUGAAUUGGAUUUGAUCUUCCAUUUCGAUGAGGUGCAUCACGUCCUAUCAGAAAUUAUACAAGGUGGAUUGGUGCUAGAAACGAAUAUCAACGAGAUAUCAGCAUGUGUCCAAGCAGCCUCUCGCAAUCGAAAAGCUUCCGCAGCAUCGUCCAACCCGCUCAUACCGUCCGUCCUAGUUGUUCCAGGAGGAAGAGGUGGAAGUCGCGGUGGAAGUGCAGAUGGGGCUCGAAGAUGGUUAACCUCUAUCGGUGUAUAG